AUGGUCUCACUUCGGACGCGCGGCGCGCGCGUAUCCUACACCAACGUGGCCGAGGGGCUACAAGAGCUUGAGGACGACGCGCCAGCGCCUGGCUCUCCGCUCUCGUCUGGGAACUCGAGCGCCUUUGAGCCUGGCGAGGCCGAGGGGUCGGGCGAGAGAGACAGAGACGACGCCGACGACCUCGAGCUCGAGGUCGAGACCGAGCCGGAAGUCAAGCGCGAGCCCAAGACACCUGGGCGGAAGCCCCGCGGUGGGAAAGCUGCGGCCAGCAAGCGCCGCACGCCUGGAGGAACACCUGCGCCGGCUGCCGACACGCCGAAGGCGCGCCGCCCGGAAACGAAGCGCGGAGACGUGACCAAAGUCGACCUCGGCACGGGCACCCGCUCAACAGAGAAAGCCUACGUGCGCUCGUCGCUCAACGCCUUCCCGACAGCGUACCGCAACCUCCUCCGCGACAGCUCGCAGGCGCUGGCGAGGGGCUCGGGGGGCCGCGACCGUACGAUCCGGAGUGCGCGCCUCGUCACUACGUUUCCUCCAGGACCGAUGCUCCCCUUCAGCACGAAGCUGGCCGCUGCGCCGAAGCCGCGAGCGCGGUCCGAGGUCGUCGUGGAGGCCUUUGGCGGCAGCGUGUCGGAGCAGAUUGAGCGCCGGCGCACGGCCGCGCGCGAGACGGCCAAGGAGGUCGGCGUGCACAUCCCCUGGGCCGCGUGGCGCGGAGAAGGGUGGUGGCCUGAGCUGUGUAGUAGCGGUAAGGGCAAAGGCAAGGCCGUGGACGACGGGCUGCCCGACGGCUGGAGGCUGCGCGAGGACAUCAACUUUGGCCUGCCGCGCGCGCUGGCCAGCGAGAUUGCAGAGAGCGAUGGGAGGGCGUACGCCGCACCCUCGGACCCCGUGGUGCUGUACUUUGGCCCGAUGGGCGCGCAGCGGCGGCUCGCGAUGGCCCAAUUUGACGCACAGCACAUUGAGAGCCCAACAGACAUCGCACGCGGGUUCAUCCUUGCUGCCGGCGGACCGGUGUGGGGGCUCGACUGGUGCCCGUACCCCGAGCGCCUGGGGCAAGGAUCAAACUACGCCCAGUACAUCGCCGUCGGGACACUGCCGCCCGGCUUUGACCCGCGCAUUGGCGAGCGCGUGGCGCACAACGUGCCCGGCAGUAUUCAGAUCUGGUCGGUCGUGGAGCCUGACGCGUCAGCUACGGAGCUGCCUGAGGGGCGCGCGGCGUGCGAGGUCGUACUCUGCAUCGACGGCGGGCCGGUCACGGAGCUCAAGUGGAUGCCUAUCGGUGGCUGGGACGAGCUGAGCGGCGGCGACGGACUGCCAAAGCUCGGCGUGGUGGCUGCUGUUCAGGCCAGUGGCGGCGUGUCGCUGUACGCUGUGCCCAGCCCACUUGCGCUGCGAGCUGCGUCGGGACGGAAGGACGGCCCGAUUUAUGUCCGCGCCGAGCCCGUCGUCCGCCUCGAUAUCCCCGACGCCACAGCCACGUGCAUAGACUGGAUGUCGGGCAGCCGCAUCGCCAUGGGCUUAUCAAACGGCCACAUAGCCGUGUUUGAUGUCCUCGACUUCGGGCCCGACGGUAGCAGCCGGUACACACCCGACCCUCUGCCCUCGGUCUACACCUACAUCGCGCUAUCCGCCAUCCGAUCUAUUGCGGCAGCGCGGUGCGCGCCUGGUGAUGGUGAAGGCGAGCCAGACUACUCUGGAGACGCGCCAUACAUCUUCUUCGCGUCAUACGACGGUUCCAGCGGCAUGGUCGAUGUACGCGACCCGGGAGUCACGAUCGAUCACAAUCGAGCCCGUCUGCCCUGCAUGGCUGUCGCUUGGUCGUCACAGGUGUCGACCCCGGUGUACGCCGACAUUGACUACCUCGUCGUCCUUGCUCAGAUGCGCACGGCCCUUGGCCCAGCUACCUACUACCUAUCGCCUCACCGUGGCCCCAUCUGGAGCAUUGGCACUUCAGAUUACCACACGAUGGUCGCCUCUGGGUCAAGUGACGGUGCAGUCAACGUAACGACGACCUCGACCGGCUUCUGGCGGCGAAAACAGGCGGGCAUGAACUUCCAAAUCAUGUACGAGGUCGACUAUGACGAGCACACUGGCGAGUACCGAAUGAGCGAGGGUUUCCUCCCCGAGUCGAUGGGGCUCGAGGACGCGAACAGCAAGAACAAGAAGAACCAGCAAUUCCGCCCUUCAAAGGCGGAUGCUGAGGCCCCAACCGAUGGGGAAGUGGGGUACAUCAAGGUUGCGAUGUGGCCCAAGCAGGUUGGCAUCCACCGCGUCACCUGGCAGAGCGGCGGCGGCAUCGAACGCGCGGGGUGGCUCGCGUCGGCAGGGUACAGUGGCAUCGUUCGGGUCGAGUCGGUGCGUGGCCGAUACAUGUUCGGUGACGGGCCAUGA